GGAGGAGAGAGCAGCUUAGCAACACGGAGCCGGAGGAGAGAGCGUCUGUGGUCCAGACAGCGCGGAGCCAUCAAUAUUACAGAGAGAGAGAAGCAGCAGCAGCAGCAGCAGCAGCGGCGGCGCCUCAGGCUCAACCUCAGCAGGUAAGUGACACAUCUUCACCUUUGGACGGUGCUGAAGAGCUCCGGUACUUCCUCCGAGCCUGAGUCAGACCGGGCUCGGUUUAUCGAUCAAGUGGAUCCUGAUGAGUUGAUGCAGUCUUCUUCCUCCGAGCCUGGUCCGUCUUUAGGAAGAAGAUAUUUCCGUGUUUCCAGUUAAAGUCUGCUUCUUUUUUUCCCCCUCUCUCUCUCUCUUCAGUCGGGAUGAAGUUCGUGGUGGUUCUGGUCGGAGCGGGCACCCUGGCCUUUCUCGGCGCGGUCAUCUGCAUCAUCGCCAGUGUUUAUCCCCGGAAACGCGCCGCGCCUCUCAGCGACAACGGCACCCUGACAUCCGAGAGCCUCCUCCAGCCGCUGGAGCCCGGGUCGGUGGCUCACGCCGGCCCGCUGGGCGCUCUGCACGGCUCCGAGUCCUUCGGAGGAGGGGGGAACGGACUCGGCGGCAUCGGCUUGGAGGUUCCGACUCUGAACGAGCUCAACCUGGGUGAAGAAACCGGGGGAGGGUCUCCAAAACAGUUCAGCUUCAGUCGGCUCAUCUGUACACCUGUACCUGUCGGGGAAUGCAACACCAAAGACCUGAGGCAGCGGCGGGAGCAGCAGGAGCAGCAGGAGCAGCAGCAGGCGGACGACCCGUACGCAGGAGGGGAUGAAGACUGGACUUAUCUCCGGACCACCGCGGAGGAGCUCCGGCAGACUGUCCUGCAGCAGAACGACCAGAUCCUCAUGGACCACAGGACCAUCCGGGAGCUCACGGGGAAGCUGAGUGAGUGCGAGAGCGGCCUGGAGGACGAGAGAAACGUCCCGGAGUGGAGCCUCGGGGUCUGGAGCGGGAACCGGCGCGUUAUGGCCGGGGACGAUGUGAGCUCCUCCACCGCGGCGCAGCUGCAGACGGCCCGGGCUGUGGAGGAGCUGGCCCGGGCUAUCAUGGACCUGAAGGACCGCAUUGAGAAACUCGAGGUAAGUGGAAACACACAAAGUCGGCUUGUUGUUCACUCUGCAAACCAAAACGAUGAAUUACACAAACUGACAAAAGCAGCCAUGUGCUGCCUGCUCUCUGAGCUGGACUCAACUUUGACACCUGUCCUGUAAACAGAGUGAGACUUCAUCUUUACAGAAACCCUCAUUUAUUCACAAAAGUCAAAGGAUUCAGUUCGAUCAGGCAGUAAGAACAGAGUCAGAGAGAUGAUUUCAAGGCCUGCAGUGUCAAUUCAUCAUCCGGAUGCCCCCAAUCAUGUUCACAUCUCCAUCCCUCCCCCUCUUUAUCUAUCCCUCCCUCUUUUAUCUUCACCUUACCUCUCUGCUGACAAGCGCUCCUCAUGCCUCACACACACACACACACACACACACACACACACACACACACCGCACCCCUGGGAAAUCUUUCCACCUGCUGGUCCAGCCUCUACCUCUGCAGAAGACAGCAGGAUAGAGACAUAAAUAAAAGAUGAAGUUGGACAGGAAGAGGGUGAGGUGUGGGUGGGGGGAGUCAGGUUCUAUGUUUAUGUGUGCGUGUGUGCUGAGAGUGAGGCAUGAGGGAUUGUUACAACCGCACACACACACACACACACACACACAUACACACACUCACACUCACAGUGCUGCAUCAUUGCCGGCUCCUUCCAAGCACGCUCAGUUACAAGGUUGUCUCUGCCGGUGUGAAUUUAUAUCCUGGACGUCCAGAUCCACCACUGCCUCAGCAGCUCUCUCCAUAUUAUAUAUCGCCCUCGCAGCGUCUCGUCUUCACUAAAUGUACCAAUCUCUCUUUUUACUGCCGCUCCACUAACACCUUAUUUUUACAACUUCUGCUCUGAAAACUGGAUCUUCUGCUCACAUCAUCAGUACAGAAACCUCCUGCUGUGAUGCUGCCGUAUCAUUUUACUGAUUUUUCCUGAUGACAUGAUAGUAAAAGGCUUUUUAUUAAAGUGCAAGAGAAACAGGAAUGAGAUUCGCUCUUUGCUUGAAUGUUCGGGUUUCUCCUCAAUGGAGUGUGAAAACAAAAAUAUUCCCGAUUCAUGAAGAAGAAGAAGCUUGAGAGACGCGUGUGUUUGUAUGUGAAAGUCAAGCUUCAGAAAAGCCAGUAGGGGGCGACUCCAGGGUGUGUGUGGACGUUUUUUCAAACCAGAUGAGAAACUUCGCAUUUGUCUCGAGUUUUAUUCGUGUCAGAUGGUUUUGCUUUAAGUUCUGUUUGUUGGUAUUGCUGCGCUCUGAGAGCUCCCUCCAUGUGGGGUAAAAAAGCCUGAAGACAGCAGAGCACUCCUCCUUUCCCGUUCAUGUUAACGGAUAAAAAGCCAAGGAUGGAAGAGCAGCAUCCAUCCAUCCAUCCAUUUUCUACCGCUUGUUCCCUUUGGGGGGUCGCAGGGGGGCUGGAGUCUAUCUCAGCAUCUUUGGGUGAAGGCAGGGGACGCCCUGGACAAGUCGCCAGUUCAUCUCAGGGCUGACAUACAGAGACGAACAACCGUCCACGCUCACAUUCACACCUAUGGGCAAUAUGAAAGUGGCCAGUUAACCUAACCGCACUACUGCAAGUUUUAGGGAUGUGGGAGGAAACAGGAGAACCCGGAGUAAACCCACACAGACACAGGGAGAACAUACAAACUCCACACAGAAACACCCUGACCCAGAUUCAAACCCAGGACCUUCUUGCUGUGAGGCGACAGUGUUAACCACUAGAGCAGCAAAGACCCCAAAAAACAGAACAGAGUAAAAAGAAGGAGCUGAAGUCGAGGAGGAAAAGGCCGUAAAGUCGUCUCUUUUUUUCCAAUUAGCAACGUUUAGUUAUGAUGCAGACGUGUAGCUCCUUCCAGCUCCAUCUUUUUCUCCAUCCUGCCUGCUACCAGAGACUGUACAUAGAAUAGACGCCGUCUGCCUCCUUGCUUGGUGACGCUACCGUGAGAACAGCGCCCUCUGGUGACGGGCUGCAGUAUAGGUCCUAAACCCCGCCUCCUUAUGGAGCUGUGGACAAACUUUAUAAAUGAAUGACACAGAAUAUAAAUGUUUCUCCCCCCUGGUUGUGAUGUUGACAUGUAGUUACUGUCAGACUGGUUUGUGCUCAAGUCCUCUUUUUUCUGUACAGCUCCAUUUUUUAAAGUUAUUAGGGGGUUCAUGUUUUCUAUGAUUGACAGCUGAUACAGCCAAUGGGAGGACAGAGAUUGUGUAGCUCACAGGGGGAUACGCUGUUUGAGCCGAGCGUCAUCACAGCAACUCUCCUGCUGAAUGAGUAAAUACAGUCUGUGGUGGUGACGCUCUGGAGGAUGUAGAACAUUCUGGAAUAUCACCGAACAUUCCGUAACAUCAAAGACAUUCUAAAAGAUCAAUAACAUUCUAUAACAUCAAAGACAUUCUAAAAGAUCAGUAAGAUUCCGGAAUGUUUCAGAAAAUUUUGGAAUUUUGGAAACAUACUGGAACAGUCCAGGGGGUUCAUGUUUUCGAUGAUUGACAGCUGAUACAGCCUAUGGGAGGACAGAGAUUGAGUAGAUCACCGGGGGAUACGCUGUUUGAGCCGAGCGUCAUCACAAGUGGUGGUUCCAGAAAGUGGAGAAAAUCCUGGAAAUCCCGAUUCAAAUAGACGGGUUUCUGUGCAACGUCAUCGCAGGUUUGCACGCGCAGAAAGCGGGACGUUUCUUAUUUGUUUACUGACAAGGAGCUGUUGUGCUGUAAACUUCCCAAAUCAGCAAAACAAUCGGCAAACAUUCCGACCUGCUCCUGAUAUUAGAAACAUCUUGAACAACGUCACAACCUGGUAUUUUGAUGUGAUCAAAGACAAAGUGAUUUUUCAAUGAAAGGACAUUUUACUGCGAUUGUGUCGGGGAGAACUGGAGAACGAUCCGGCAUCUUCAUUGAUAUCAGUUCACUCUGAGGCAGACUUCUGCCCCACGGUUGUUCGUGCACAGUGUUGUUUGUACACAAGAAACCCGUCUAUUCGUACAAUGACAGAAGGCGGAGCCAAAUUUUUCUACGGUAUAUCCAGUCGAUGUUAGCUACUGGUACAGUCGGUUAGCUCAGCCUACAUUAGCACUGACAGUUAGCUGGUACAGAUUUGCACUAAUCUGAUUUUAUCACUGAGUUGUCUUAGUCCUUUCUUCUUGUUUCCUUUAAAUCUCGUUAAAUAUGCGUCGCAUGCAGCUCAUUUUUUUAGCCGAUAGAAAAUUUAUAAAACUGUGUCCUAAACACCAGAUGUUACAGUGUGUGUGUGUGUGUGUGUGUGUGUGUGUGUGUGUGUGUGUGUGUGUCCUCCUGUUUACCUGUUAACACUAACUCACUAACAUCUCAGGACAGACCUUCUAUCCUGUCCUCCAGGGAGGCAGCCUGUGCGCCAGAUUUUCAAUUUCCAACAUUUUAUUGACCCCGUUCUGCCCUUUAACUACCAGUCAAUGUAUUUGAGGGAAUAUACUUCAUCAAAUUGAUCAAUAUUAUUGACAGUGGACACCUGGUCAACACUCAUUCAGGAUAGCAGAGCCCAGAGAGUGUGUUUAAUAAAGUCGAGUGUUUGCUUUUAUCCCAAGAAGAAGAAGAAAUCCAUUUACUUAGUUUAAAUGUCGAGUAUUUGGUCUUUGGACCUUCAUUAAAGCCGAGUAAUAAAGAGGAACUCAGAGUGGAUAAUGACAUUUCAAUAGCACACAGUGCUCUUUAAUGCUGGUACAUAAGGGAAAUGUAGUUCCUAUUAUAUGAACCUCCCAGAGCAGCCAGAGUGUACGAACAAUAAAGUUAGAUACCAGAUUAAAAAGUACCUGACAGGUGCUUUUUCAUGGUAUCCAAAAGAAAACAAGAUCAUCAGGAACAAGAACUGAUCAUUUAUUUACUCUCAUUUUAAAACUACGAGGAGGUAGGUGCCAGCAGAUGUGCAGUGACUACUUUGUCCACAGGGGGCGCCAAAUCAGAUAUAAACCAAAAAGUUCCUCACAGGAGCUUUAAGUAUAAAAAUGAGGAUUUUAAAUCAGCACAGAGCGGUCUCAGUAAAACCAUCAUUAGUGCUGCAGGUGAUGAAGGUGAGGUGAAGUCGAGAUUCAGAAACAUCAGAAGCUUGAAAUGCACAAAGAAAAAUGGGCAUCUGUGCAAUAUUUCAUGAUAAUGCUUCAAAGUGCUGCUCAGAAAACGAUUAUCCACCAUUUCCUCCACCACAACUCCAAAACCCUCUGAGAGCAGACCGUGUUUUCUGCCUGGGCCGAGCCGUCAUCGAUCUCUGAUAAGCAGAUUAGUUGUUCUUCACAGCACUCCUGAUCUCGUCUCUCUGACAGUCUCUCUUUGUUGGUCUUUGUCUUUUAUAUCCCAAAUAUUUUCCCAUCAUUUGUCUCCUCUGCUUCUUCUGCAGGCGGAGAUUGGACCUGCUGCUUUGAACCUCACAGAAACACCUUCAAGUACAGGCAGCAGCAGCAGCAGCAGCAGCCCGACUGGAAACAGCAACAGCAAAGCUCCUGCUCCACCCACGGGCAGUGCUUCCUCCCCACCUGUGGCGCCUCCUCCUCCAGGAGGUCGCCGCCCUGCCUCCCCUGCUUCCCCUGCUCCCAAGCCCCCAUCCAAGGCCUCCCCUGGCCGCGGAAAGGGCACCUGGAGGGUGGAGGACCUAGAAGGGGAGCUGGAGCGGAAGAUAAAGAUGUUGGAGAAGGAGCGUCAAGCCAUGAGGAAGGAGACGCAGGGCCAGCAUGAGAAGAUCAACCAGGGCAUCGAUACGGUCAGCCACCGCGUCACUGAGCUGGAACACAGUGAGUCUGCAGGGCAGGGCGGAGGACGCGCUGAGGGGCGGUUAGAAGUAGAAGAAGGGAUGUAUGGCUGAAGUGGCGCACGCAGGGAGGUAAACAGCUUCAUCAGGAAGGUGGUGAACAUGAGAGCAGAGCAGGAGAACAUGAAGUGGGUCAUCAUCACAGCAGGAGAGAGUGAGCCAUUAAGAUAAGAUGAUUAAUGAGAGCGGAGGUUGUGAAACGUCAAACAGGACUGGAGGCAAAGACGGAUUUACACAAACAAACUCUCUGCUGCUUUUAGGUGUAACCCUUUAAUCUCCGUAUCCAUACAUCUGAUUCAAACUCCGGGGUUGUCAUGGUGACAUGACUCUUCCUCUACAGGGGCCAAACUUCCUCAAACAGUAACAUGAGGGCUGAGCGAUGGUGGCCAAAAAUAAAAUCCAGAUUUUUAUUCUCUGAAAACUCUGCAAAAAUUUUUUAAAUUCGAUAUUAUAUUCAGCAACAACUUCAUCAAACUUCACUUUAUAAAUAAAAAGUUUUUCUAUCGUCUCUCAAAACCAAACCACUGAAAACGAUGUAGUUCAUAUGCCGAGCCAGUGAGUGGCGCUGUAACGCUGUAACAGGAAACGCACAAAGACAGAAGAAGAGUACAGAGCAUGUGUAUAAAGGUUGUUUUGGCGCCAUAAAAGAGUUACUCUGUGUGUCACAUGAUCGUUUCCAGAGAUGCAGAUAGACAUCCACACGGAGAUGAAAUGGUCGUCGUUUACAGAUUUAUUCACUCUCUGACCCGUUUUCAAAAAGUACCGUUUACAGUCACCUGAAACGCCGAUACGACAAAAAACUUUAGCGUUUCCUCCUGAAUUAGUUUCCGUGGUGACGGAUUGAUACCGCCUUCAGACAGACUUUACAGCGGGGAGUGGUUUACUCUUCAUCUGAAACUGUGAAGUCGUACCAAUUCAACACGACUGACUCGCUCCUGUCCUAUUUAACCACGAAAUUAUCGCCUUCUUUAGCAAACGCCAUGUUUGUUUACACAGGAAGGAGGAGCCUACGGUGGCCUGGAGACGCGAGACAUGAUAGAGAGGAAAAUGGAUUUGGUCAUUUAAAUUUUUCUAACAUCGUCAUAAUGAAAUAAUCUGAUUACAGUCUAAAAUCGAUUAAUCGUGCAGCCCUACCUUUUAAGCGUAACCUUUUCAUCUUCAUACCCAUAAAUUCGGUGAAAACUUCAGGGUGUAACAACAAAGGUUUCUCCAGGAGCCUUCUCUUAAAGGAGGCAGACAGAGAAACGAGACUUGAAGUAGGUGAGAGGAGUGAAACUACAGAGAAGAAGUCGAGAUGAGAAAAUGGAGAAUUCAUGAGGCGCCGAGAGGAAGGUUAAAAAGGAGAGAAGGAGCACUUCUGUAUUCUCUAUUUAUUCUUUCUCCAAACUUCUGCGAGUGUCUGAACAACAUCUCUGUUUUCAGAGCAGCAGCGUGGCCUCCAGUUAAAGAGGAUGAUCAUUAACUUCAGCCUGACUCUGUAUGUGCACAAAUGAGAAGAAGAGAAACGGUCUUUGUUUAGAUUUGCCUCGACUGCGUCUCUGUACUCCCUUGUCUCGUUCUUCGUCUGCCUCAUCUUCAUCUCCGUCUGAUUUCUUCUUCUUCAUCUGUGUCUCUAAAGCGCUGACAGAGCCGUCGUUCCCCGAUGGCUUCGUCCUCUCCUUCCCCAUGAGGACCAACUACAUGUACGGUCUGGUGAGGAAAGAGAUUACAGAGAUGUACGCCUUCACCGCCUGCGUGUGGUUGAAGGCUAAAGAAGGGGGGAUCGGGACCCCCUUCUCGUACUCCGUGCCCGGGCAGCCUAACGAGCUGGUGCUGCUGCAGGGAGUCCACAACCCCGUGGAGCUGCUCAUCAAUGACAAGGUAGAUGACCGAGUCUUUUCUCCUGGAAAGCCUGAUGAGACGGUUCAAGCACGAAUGAACUUUUUCUCCUUUUUUAAAAUUAAUAGCGUCUACAAGAACAAAUCAUCAUUUUGUACUUUGUGGGUUUCUUACUUUUUAAUUAAGCAAAAUAUCCUGCAGGGGAAAUCAUUCAGCAAAACACUUCAAGCUGGUUGCAAAUGAAGAAAAAAAUCUGUAGGGCUUUCAGCGACGGUGCUAACGUGUUAAUCAUGAUGUGAUUAAGUUUUCUAAUCACAUACACCUUCGUUAAGCCUCUGGAGCCUCUUCCUGCUGCUGCAGCUGUGAUUGGAAAUUAGAGCGCCACUGUGCUUUUGAAUGACACUCUAAGAGGCGACAAGUCAAAAGUAAUAUGCACUCACUGCGAACAGGUGCGAAACAGACUGAUGUGAGUGUCACAAAGGGCGGCCGAGCAAAUUACCUCAGACCUGAGGAUGAAACUUCGUUAAAGACGCUGAAAAACAAACAAACUGGAACUCCUAAAAAGUGCCUAAAGCGUCAUGACCCCCGACCUCCACCUUCAUCCUGAUCGUCUCCUAAAAGGUCGUAUCCUCCGAUCGUAGCUGAUCGUAACCAUUCAAGUUAACGUGUCAAUUUACACCGACUUCUUUCCGUUCCUCUGCGGAUCGCUGGACUCCUCAGCUGAUCACAAGAGUUCUAUUUUUUCUGGACGCCGGAGCAUGGCGGAUAAAUUCAGCACAGAUUAACCCGUGCUGGAAAGGAAGUCGGGCACAGACACAAAAUAAAACAUCCGGCUUCUUUUCAAAAUAAAACAUCCUGCUUCUUUUCAAAAUAAAACAUCCUGCUUCUUUUCAAAAUAAAACACUCCGUGUUUCAGGAGGAUCGUAUUUCACACCAUGCAAACGGGCGGAGACGAACAAGUGAAAGGUUUUUAGACGUCAUUUCACCCCGAUGACACCAUGGAUGAGGAGAUGCUGAUUCUAGAAGUCUAGAAGUAGAUUUCCUCCUCUGGAAGGACACAAUCUACUGCUUAUAUGUCUAUGUGUCUGUCUUUAGAGAGACAACUUGUUAUCGCGCGAUUGAACGUGAAUCUGAGGGAUCUUGUGAGUUUUUGCGAUUACUGCUGUCUGUAAUCCGCCACAAAAUUAGCCUCGCAAACGGAUCCGAUUGGAAUUGGCGUAUGGCGAAAAUUGCCGCCGUUGUGGAUCAGAGCUGUCCGAAUGUGGUUAAAAUCCCAAGUAAGGCUCAUUUAUGCUCGCCAUACAUAUGAAAAUCUAAGCGUCCGUUUCAAACGCUGGUUCCGUCACUGCCCACAUACUUCCAUGCGUCCUUUACAUCGGCAUGGGUGUUAACGGAGGCAGCGUUGGGGGAGGCGGUGGUCGGUCAGGCCGCUAAACGCCUCGUAGUUGGAGGACGGAGAAUUCUUUUCUUUAGAGAAAUCCACGACGAUCUUCAAAAAGCCCCGCUAUUGUCUUCUUCGUUUCUCUCUAGAGAUGCCUUUGUGGUAGUGACAGCAGCAACACUGCCCCCCAUGGUUUCUGGCGGUACUGCUCCGUCUGGCCCGUAUCCUUAAACUUAAAGGAUUCGUGCAGAAAUACGGACAAAAAGAACGCGAAGCACGGACGGAGAGCUCCGUCUGUAUCUCCGUAUGUAACGUUGAGUAUAAAUGAGCCUUUAGAAUAACCGACGCCAUCUUUGCACUGACUCCUGCACAUUUCUGAAUAUACAGCACUCAUGUGGCAGUGCAGCGUUUCUCUCAAUCGUGAAUCCAAAAGCAAAUAAUAAUAAAGUCUUUCAGUCCAAAAAUAAGACAUUGGUUAGAAUUGCUUGAUAACGGUUUAAAAACGGAUUUUUAAAAUGCAGACUAAUGAAAUUUAAUCAUGCAGGUUUCUUCAAACCCUGCGCUUUAUUUUUCAGUCAAUGUCAUGUUUCAUUCAGCUCUCUGGAGCAGCCCAGCCUGGGGUGAACAUAAGUACUUCUCUUUAACAAAGCCCAGUUCAUGCUGCUUUGGAGUUAGUCGAACCGUGGCUUAAAUACCCACCUGCUCUGUGUUUUCUCGCUACAGGAAAGGCAGCACUAAGAACAGGCGUUCCACUUGAACACUGCAUGAAUAAUUUAGAGUUACAAAAAGAAAGAAACAAAAAUCGAAAGCCAACAGUGGACCAGCAUGAAUUGUAAAGUAGGACGAUAAAUAUUCUGUUUCUUCCCGAAUAAUAAAAAACUUUGAUGGCUCUGAGUUUAGAAGAGGCCCUCGUUCUUGUUUAAUUUAUCACAUUUAUAAAGCUUUUGCCCAAAGCAAACAAAUGUUAUUGCAAUGAGACAAGAGAGGCAAACACUUUUCAGCCGUCUCACAAAGUGCAUUAAAGCGUACCUUUUUAUGGGGUUUACACUUACAGCUCCCAUCAGAGAGGAGUGGAGGUGGGGGAGUGAGGUUUGAAACUGGAUUGGAGGUAAUACCGGGUCCAGCGGGGGCUGUUCAGCUAACAUAACUCACCGCUGCUUCCAUGGUCUGCCAUGAUUACUGCCCACACUUGUCCAAUCUCCAAUCAUAACACAAUCUUUAUGUGCGAUGGAUCGGUGGAGCUCAGAUCACUCAGUUACCAAAAUCACUGUCAUGUCUGACCUGUAGGUGGCGCAGCUGCCUCUGUCCCUGCCACAGGAUGAGUGGGCGCACAUCUGUGUCAGCUGGACCCUGAGGGACGGGGUGUGGAAGGCCUACCAAGGAGGGAAGAUGAAGGGGAGGGGAGAGGGGCUGGCUGCAUGGCAUCCUAUCAAACCAGGGGGGGUCCUCAUACUGGGACAAGAACAGGUAAGACAUAUGGGUGAAUGGAUGAAUGCAUGGAUGGGUGAGUGGGUGAGUAUAUGGAUGGAUGACGGAUGGAUGGAUGAAUGUAUGGAUGGUUGGGUGGAUGGAUGAAUGCAUGGAUGGAUGGAUGGGUGAGUGGAUGAAUGGAUGGAUGGAUGGAUGGAUGGUUGGGUGGAUGGAUGGAUGGAUGAUGGAUGGAUGGAUGGGUGAGUGGGUGAGUGGAUGGAUGGAUAGGUGAGUGGGUGAGUGGAUGGAUGAAUGGAUGGAUGGAUGUAUGGAUGGUUGGGUGGGUGGAUGGAUGAAUGCAUGGAUGGAUGGGUGGGUGAGUGGGUGAGUGGAUGAAUGGAUGGGUGAGUGGAUUAAUUAAUGGAUAAAUGAAUGAAUGGAUGGAUGGAUGGUUGGGUGGAUGGAUGGAUGGAUGGAUGGAUGGAUGGAUGGAUGGAUGGAUGGAUGGAUGACUGAGUGAAUGAGUGGAUUAAUUAAUAGAUGGAUGGAUGAAUGGAUGGGUGGGUGAGUGAAUGGAUGGAUAAAUGAAUGAAUGAAUGGCUGGAUGGAUGAUGGAUGGAUUAAUGGAUGGAUGGGUGAGUGGAUGGAUGGAGGGAUGGAUUGAUGGUUUAAUGGAUGGAUGAAUGGGUGGAUGGAUGGAUGGAUGGGUGAGUGGAUGGAUGGAUGGAUGAAUGGAUGGAUGGAUGGAUGGAUGGAUGGAUGGAUGGAUGGUUUAGUAAUGGUUGUAUGGACCAAUGAAAAACAAAUGAACACAGAUGAAACUAGAAGAAGGAAUGACUGAUGGUAAGUUACCUGAUGCAUUGAUAGAUCAUUUGAUGGAUGGUUGGAUGGAUGGAUAAAUGAUGGAUAGAUGGAUAAAUGAUGGAUGGAUGGGUGGAUGAUAUAAGGGGUGGUUGAUGAAUGAUAGAUGGACGCUUGUACCAAAUAUGAUGCUGGAAGGACACUUGGGUUAGAUUUGAUGAACCUUGAGGAUGGAUGGACAGAUGGAUCAUACUUGAUUAGAGGAUGAAUGGAUGAAUUAUUUAAUAGAGAGGUGAUGGAGACUCUGAUCAAUAACUGGACGAGUGUAUAUUUGUGGAUAUGGAGUCAUAAGAUGUGCUAUUUGAAGGUUAUAAUUACAAGCUUUUCACACAUGAACAGACAGCAAACCUAAUUGUGUUCAUCCUCAUGCUGAGCCGCCUCUGCCCUUCAUUAGUAAGACACCCACAUUAUAUAACCAUUAUGAAAUCUGACAUUCUCCCUCCUUCCUUCCCUGGUGUCAGAGGAACAAACCAAAGCUCAUUCUGCCGCCUGCUUGUCCUUUCAUAGGGGAUGAAAAGCACAGGGCCAAGGAGUCCAAUUCGACAAGACUCAAUUUAAUGGACAUUUUCACAAAGCGAGAGCGACUGCUUUCAUAAUCUCUGCAGAGGAUAAGCGGUCGAUUGCUGUUACGCGGAUGUGUUGAUCUGAUAUAACGGGGAAAAUGACAGGAUGUCCCUUUUUAUGAAAGUUUCCAAAACGUGAGAUAAGCAUUUUUAAUCUCUUUACACGAGGAAUCAUCCAGACACAACAUGCUUUGUCUAUUCUUAUAUUUUUAUCUAACCAGGAAGGAUGUCCACUCUGGUAUUUUCUGUUCGCCAACUGCAUCACUUCCAAAAAAGCUCGAGAUCAGAGUCUAAUUUCAGGUCUGAAUGUGUGCGGCUCUUAUUUAGAAACAAACAUUCACACUUACAGAGAGAAGCCUCUGUGGUGAAAGUAUACAGCACACAGACAGGAGUGGUGGGUGUCUUUGCUGGAGUGUUGACAUAACAUUUGACUUUCAUUUUGGCCUGAAGUAUUAAUAAUUCACUCAAUCAGUCAGCUAUAAACAUGGGGGUGAUGACAUCUAAUGAAGAAACAAACACGUUCCUACCCGCCUUUUUCACUUUGGCGUGAUGGUGGGGGGGGGUAUGAAGUAGACAUACCUCACCUCAUACGACGUAUGUCCACUAGGGGGUGGGAGAUGUGUGGAUAAUGAAAAAAAUUACUAUAAUUCCGAUCUUAUUUUUGACUCAUUUUGUCUCGAGGACACCAGCUGGCAGACAAUAAAAAAUAAGAUAUUUAACCAGAAGUUUGAGCGGUAGGUUACGGAGAAAACUAGCGAAAUCAAACAAGUUUCAAAUGUCAAAACAAUUUCAACAUUUGAUGUUAUCGAACAGAGUGAACGUUAGCAGAUUCGCUGUCCGAUGUCAGGCAGACCUGAUGGCGCUCGUCUAAUCCCCGAUCUUGAAGGAAAUCCCUCAUGUGGCGCCUCGUUCAGGAACAAGCUGCUCAGAAACGUCUUCUUCACCACCUUCAGCCAUGUUUGUUUGUUAUUCUGCUCUGCGUGGGCUACAGCUGGGAGUCCAUCGCUCCCACUUAAGUCAUCAACCUGCAUUUAUUGCGUUUAUCGUAAGACAGCAAAUAUUUAUCGUGGAGGAAUUUUCUGAUGAUAUAUCGUGAACAAUAAUUUAUCGCCCAUCCCUAAUGUAUGCGUCAUACGGGGUGGCGGGAGACGAGUCUGUGACUGAGACUGUGCGGCGUCCGCCUCACUACGUACCGUCUUGUUGAAGAAUGUCAAAACCAUCCUGUGCAAAACUGGCAGAGUAUGAGUGACAAGAGCUCACGACCAGAAUCCCAGAAUAAGUGGGUGUGGCCUCUGAACUAUGCGGCGCGGCAUGUCAGCAGAGGUGUAUGUUGUGAGAUAGAAAGAGAGGCCGUUUUGAUAAAAACAGAAACUAAUCGUAUAAUAAUAAUGCUUCAGAUUUUUAUAGCGCUUUAUCAGAGACCCUUAAAGUUCUUUACAUUGGAUACAUCAUUCAUUCGCUCACACAGUCACACCUUGGAGGUAGUAAACUACCUUAGUACUCCCAGCUGACCUGGGGCAGACUGACGGAAACUGUCUGCGCCUACGGCCUCUCCGACCACCACCACACAACACUCACAAUCAUACACCAGUGGAGGACACACACUGGGAGGAAGGCGGGUUCAGACAGACUCAGGAUAGGGGGGAAUUUAGCCGCCAACCUUCCGGUUAUUGGACAACUGCUCUACCUCCUGAGCUCCUGCUGCCCCACACUACCACUUCAGUCUCUGGGAUGGGAUCGCAUUGGCAGGGUGGGCGCUCUGCCAAAUACUCUAUAGGGAAAACACUGCCUAAAGUACCCUCUUGCACCCCACAUGGAAGCAGUUAGGUCUGUUGAGACGUCUAGUCUUUGGAGCCAAAAUUGUAUUGUAUUCAACACUCUGCAAAUAUGAGUAAAACAGGUCGACACAAGAGUGACGGCCAAAGUGUUUCAUUGCAGUUACAUUUAACACGAUGUUGCGUAGACGUUGCCUCGGUUCUUCGUUAAUUUGGAGUCUCUCAGGAAGAUCUUGAGAUUUGUUGAGAGUAUGUCCCCUUGAAACUGGUUUAGGUGAAGUUUGGUCUCUUGGGUAUUAAACUUCACAUUCUAACAUUCAACCCAUUUGUUUUUUCCAACUCUUCUGACCAAGGAUACAUUGGGCGGCCACUUUGAUGCCUCCCAGGCCCUGGUCGGGGAGCUGUCCCAGUUCAACCUGUGGGACCGAGUGUUGAAGCCAGCAGAGGUGGCCGCUCUGGCUGAAUGCAGCUCCUCAGCGCUGGGAAACAUCGCCCCCUGGACUGACCUCGACGUAGAUGUCUACGGAGGCGCAACCAAGGAGUCCCUGGACCCGUGCCACGCCGCUCAGCGGUCCAACCCCGUCAGCUCCAAACAGUGAAAGGUUACUGAGGGAGGUCCGUGUUCAAUAGGUCAAUAUAGGAGACAAUUUAGAAGAUGUUUAACAGCGAAUCACAGGGAAGCUUGCUGGUGGACAGACAUAUGUCACAGAGCUAAAAGGCUGUAGGGGAAGUUUUAUCUGUUUUGUUCGUUAGUGUUGGUGUCCACGCUCUUGUGUUAACUUCUGCAGUGAGACACGGUAGGAUCACCUGGAGGGAUCAGUUUCUGUCGUGAUCAGGAUCUGCGGUACAAGUGAUCCAAGAGUGGGAAUGUAGGCUUAGAGAGGAGCCUUUAAAGAUGUCUAAAGGUUUCCUAUCGGCAGAGUGACGGAGCGUUUCUGUGUCCAGCUGGUCGAGUUUGACGCUAAAACUGAGUCCUGAGAUGUGAUUAUGGUUUGUGCUGAUUUUAACACGUAAUGAUAAGUUUUAACUGUAAAUGAUCCUGUUCAGAGUCGUCUGUGUACUUCUACGUUUGUUUGUUUUUUACAUUACCAUGAUGUGGUAAACCAGUGGUCUUAUAAGUGUAUAAUGUGUAACCUAUCUUUGCUAAUGUUGCUCUGUGCCAGUCUGCUCCACAUAACUGUAGCCUCACACAACACUCUCAGUCCUUAAACAGGAGCGCUCCCAACUGACUCCAUGUAUACUUAAGCACCGUUCAAACACUUCAACUGUGACAAACCCCAGAGAGUUUUUCUUUUCUUUCUUAAAUGUGUGUUUUCUCCUGGAAUGUAAAAAAAAAACAGAUGGAGUGUAAAUGUAUCUGCAUGAGCAAAGUCACCCUGUCGACGAAACAAGCUUUAAAUGUAUGAACUAAAGGGUUUGUGUCCUCGAAGAAUCAUCGCACAGAUGCCUCUGUGGUGAAUCAGAUCCUCACAGAAUACAAGCAGAGAGGCGUUGGAAUAUGUUGAUUCUCCUACUGAGUAUCAGACUUGGUACAGAAACAAAAGAGUUUCACCCCCGUUCCUCUGGCUCCAGAAAAAACCAACAUAAAUGCACAAAGAUUGGACUGUAGAUGGUUUGGUGGUGGGACGCUCCCCGGCCCUCAGCUCUGCUAAAAUGUUAAACCUACUAAAAUGUUAUUUUAAGUAGGUUUGAAGACAGCAGAGGGAAAGACUUCCUCCGAGGGCGCUUACUACUUUCCUUUAAGAAAUGAAAUAUCGUGUGUAAGAAUAGUUCAGACUGGCCGGUCAAUUCAAAGAAAUCCACACAAGAGGUUUUACUCCGAUGAGACAUUUCCAACUUCAGGGCUGGGCAAUUUGACCCCAAACAAAUGAUCAUGAUAUAUUUUUUUCAUAUCGUCCGAUCUCGAUUAUUAUCACGAUUUUUUUUUAAACUGCCAGUUUUAAAGCAUCUGAACUAAAAACUAAAGAAACUAGAGAUUAGUUCAAGAUUUUAUCAACAUAUAAAGUAAAUAACAAAACAAAUUAAAUAAGAUAAACAUCGAAAAAUAUAAAAACUUUUUAAACUCAACAGAACAACAAAUGUAGAUAAAUACUAAAUAAAACAGUGAACUAGUUCACAGUCUGAGUGUUUCUGCAGGUAAAAAGACCCAAAAUAAACAAACGUCCCCUCAGAGAUCAUGAAGACGCCCUGAAAUAUAAACAUUAGAUGAUGUAAACGUAGAUGAUACGAUUGAUUACUUUGGUCUGGUGGCUGCACCGCUACUUGUAGCUAAACUGCUAAUGCUACUCGUACCGUCAGCAGUGACAGGCUGUACAGACUCCGCCCACAUUUUAAUGUUUUCCUCAUAAUCACUCAGGAAGAACUUCUUCAAAUGAUUAAACAGAUCUGCUCGACAUCACUGGAGAUACCCGAACCACCGCCACAAAAACAACGUUGUUUUCUUUCUUCUCAACAAUAACAUCUUCAGGGGAUGACCCAAAGUCACGUCUGACAUCUAUUUUGCCGCCCUCAGCUCCACGUUUAACUCCAUGUUCAAUCAUGUCAAGCUUGACUCUGUGAUCACCGUGAUCAAACUGAAAUUUAUCACGAUCAUUAACCACGAUCAUAAAAUCGCCCAGUCCUACUUUACCGUGUUAAAUAAUAUAUAAUAUAGUAGUUCCUUCUUGUAUUUUGAUUAUAAAAUCACUUUAACUCCUUAAUUUAAGUCCCACAAACUAAUAUCAAACCAAACCCAGAUUGUCUCUUCACUUACCUCUAAAACAGCCGCACGUUUGUGCUCUCAGAAAUACAAGAACAGUGACUCACCUGGGUCUAAAUUUAGUCUGGGACUCCAUUUAGACCUUGUUUACCGUGCUGGGAACACUCUUGACAUUUGAAUGGACCCGAGUAUUUCUCUUCUGAGCCUCAAUCCCAUCUGUGAUCAUAAACAGGACGAGACAUUAACGCACAGAGAGAAGCUCAGCUGUUCAUGUAGCAGGGCUGCUGAAAUAAAAUCAACAUACUGUCAUAUCCUGUAAGAAACUGAUUUAUAACACGGGGAGGUCGUUUUACUCAGACAGGAUGUAUUUAAUCUCCGGAUGGGCUCUCAGAGGUGAGGGUUUGAUUCCCACCACACCACACAUGCAGCACUGUGCAGUAAAGUGAAUUUCAGUCCGUAUAUUCUGUCCACUUAUUACCUCAAGACAUCAGCCCCCACCUGUGGUUCCACACCUGUUUGUAAAGUGCCUGCCUGGGCUCCGACGCCCGCUGAUGAUAGUGAAAUGUUUUUUUUUCUCCGUCGUCUCUUUCUUCUGUCUCUCUCUCUCUCUCUCUUUCUGUCUCUCUUGCUUUUGGUUGUUGAAGGCUGUGAAAGUGUCGCGCUUGUCCUUAUUUGCAUCUUUAUUGAGCCUCUAUGAUAUUGUGAAAUAGGUGGAUUAAAAAAAAUAAAGAUAAAAUGGUCAUGACAACCUUA